AUGGAUAACGUUUUCUAUGUUUCCGUCGUCAGCUCAAUUGCGAAGGGUGUGGCUGGUGGCCAUAUAAGCAGAGUUCCGUCAUACAACACGCCUGCGCCCAUUUACUUUGCACCAGCUCCGUCUUACAAUGCUCCCGUCCGUUCCUAUAACACCCCUGCUCCUUCAGGGCCAGCUCAGUACGACUUCAACUAUGCAGUGAGAGAUGACUACUCUGGAAAUGACUAUAAUCACCAAGAAAAUCGCCAUGGCUACGAUACACAAGGAGCUUACUACGUUCUCCUUCCCGACGGCCGAGUGCAGAGAGUUGCCUACACCGUGAACGGCGACUCUGGACACGUUGCGGAAGUUACUUACGAAGGAGAGGCCCAAUACCCUGCUUACCAGCCUGCCUCUUCUCGCUCCUACCAGCCCGCCCCCGCUCCUUCCUACCAACCAGCUCCUACUCCUUCCUACCAAACCACUCCUACCUAUGCAUAA